GACCAUGGACUCCUUCAGCACCAAGAGCUUGGCCAUGCAGGCGCAGAAGAAGCUGAUGAGCAAGAUGGCCACCAAGAGCAUGGCCAGCCUCUUCAUCGACGACGUCAGCAGCGAAGUCCUGGACGAGCUGUACCGGGUCACCAAGGAGUACACCCGCAACCGCAAGGAGUCCCAGAAGAUCAUCAAGAACCUGAUCAAGAUGGUGGUGAAGCUGGGCGUGCUCUACAGGAACAACCAGUUCAGCAGCGAGGAGCUCACCCUGGUGGACAACUUCAGGAAGAAAGUCCACACCCUGGCCAUGACGGCGGUGAGUUUCCACCAGAUCGACUUCACCUUCGACCGCCGCAUCAUGAGCGCCCUGCUGAACGACUGCCGCGAGCUGCUGCACCAGGCCAUCAAGCGCCACCUGACGGCCAGAGCCACCGCGGUCAACCACGUCUUCAACCACUUCGCCGACUGCGACUUCCUGGCCGCGCUCUACGGGCCUUCGGAGGUCUACCGCGCCCACCUGCAGAGGAUCUGUAUCGGCGUCAACAAGAUGCUGGACGAGGGAAACCUCUGACCUCUUGAGUUACCUCCCACCCCCAACCCUGAAUGUGACAAUCACGGACGUUGCAUUGGUUCUUACGUGUGCCUCUCAAACACUGAAGUGCUCUCUUGCCCAAAGUCUUUCUUUCCUCACAUCGCUUUUGGCGUGUAAAGUGUAUGUAAAAGUUUGCGUAGCAUCCACUCAGUCCAAAGGCACAUUUCUCGCUCUGUGAAUCCCUCAGUCGCUUAUGUCUCUCACUGGGAGCGGAAAGAAUCGUCCAUACCUUCCAAGAACGUCUUUUCUAUACGACCGUUGCACUCAAGCCUGAAUAAUUCUGUACCAGUCUGUGAAGCCGGGCAGUGGACUAAUCCUGCUUAGCCUGCGUGUUACACAAGCUAACGUUGAUCUCCACUUCCGAGCGGGCGAAACAAAGGGUGAGGUAUCUGGGUCAAGGUCGGAUCUUGUGCUUUCACAACGGAACGGUUCCGACAAAAGUGGGUCAAUGGAAUGAACCGUACGCUGUUUUAUUCAGGGUAGUAUUAGAUUUUGGUGGGAAACGGGCCUAUUCGCCAACCAGCUAGGUCAGCAUCUUGCCAGGUCCACGAAAGAUAAGGUAUUUGGGUCAAGGUCGGACCUUGGCUCAAGGCUUUUACAACGGAAAAGUCCCGAUAAAAUUGGGUCAAUGGAAUGAACCGUACAAGGGUAGCAUUAGAUUUUGGUGGGCAAACAGGCCGAUUCACCAGGCAGCUAGGUCAGGAUCUUGCCAGCUCAAAAAAAGAUGAGGUAUUUGGGUUAAGGUCGGACCUUGGGUCAAGGCUUUCACAAUAGAACAGUCCCGACAAAAGUGGGUCAAUGGAAUGAACCGUACGCUGUUUUAUUCAUGGUGGCAUUAGAUUUUGGUGGGAAAACGGGACGAUUCGCCAGCCAGCUAGGUCAGCAUCUUGCCAGGUCAACAAAAGAUAAGGUAUUUGGGUCAAGGUCGGACCUUGGCUCAAGGCUUUUGCAACGGAAAAGUCCCGAUAAAACUGGGUCAAUGCAAUGAACCGUACGCUGCUUUAUUCAUGGUGGCAUUAGAUUUUGGUGGGAAAACAGGCCGAUUCGCCAGGCAGCUCGGUCAGGAUCUUGCCAGCUCAAAAAAAGAUGAGGUAUUUGGGUCAAAGAUGGACCUUGUGUCAAGACCGGACCUUGGCUCAAGGCUUUCACAAUAGAACAGUCCCGACAAAAGUGGGUCAAUGCAAUGAACCGUAUUGCUUUUUUAUUCAGGGUAGCAUUAGAUUUUGGUGGGAAAACGGGACGAUUCGCCAGCCAGCUGGGUCAGCAUCUUACCAGGUCAACAAAAGAUGAGGUAUGUGGGUCAAGGUCGGACCUUGCCUCAAAGCUUUUACAACGGAAAGGUCCCGACAAAAGUGGGUCAAUGGAAUGAACCGUACGCUGUUUUAUUCAGGAUGGCAUUAGAUUUUGGUGGGAAAACGGGCAGAUUCGCCAGCCAGCUAGGUUGGCAUCUUGCCAGGUCAACAAAAGAUGAAGUAUUUGGGUCAAGGUCGGACCUUGGCUCAAGGCUUUCACAACGAAACAGUCCCGAUAAAAGUGGGUCAAUGGAAUGAACCGUACGAGAGUCAGAACUCGAGACAUGCUAACCAAGCUAAGUUGGUAUCCCCCAAACUGUGCUAGCCUUAGCAUACCCCCCUAAUGAAAACUGAGCUAGCAUUAGCAUCCUUAGGUAUGCUAACUGACACUUUUUUUUUUAAUUGUUGUCUCACUAAAUCAGUUUUAUUCAGAGUAACAUCAGAUUUUGGUCAGAAAUCGGGUCAAUUUACCAGCUAGCUAGGUUAACAUCUCUUCAGGUCUCUUAAAAAAACAAAGUAUUUGGGUCAAUGUUGGACAUUUUAUUGUGAAAGAGUCAGCACAGAUUCGACGUUUCUCGUAGUGAACAGACCUCAACACUUGUAGUUUUGAAUAUUUCGCUACGAAAACCUGGCAAAGCUUUUGGAAACUGAAAAGUCCCGACAAAAAGGCGUUCAACGGAACAAACCGUACGAAAGGCAGAACUUGCUAGCAGCGCGACAUGCUAACCAAGUUGCUAUCUCCAAACUUUGAAAGAGUUUGUUUGUUUACCGCACUAAAAGUGAACUUAAAGGUAUAAAAUGGAAACAAUCUCAGCUUAUAAAGGUGACAAAGCACGGAAUUGUUCUGAUUCGAGGCCACAGACUUUGUAACGCUCCUAAAAGACGCGGUGAUUAAGAUACAUGCCAUACCUUUCAACCACCACACCUAUUGUCGAUCUCCCAGUUGAAAACUGUAUUAGCAUUAGCAUCCUCGGCGAUAAUUACAGACACGUUUUCAAUGUUAGCAUCAGAUUCUAGUCUGAAAUCGGGUCAGUUAGCCAGCUAGCUAGGAUAGCAUUUUGCAACAUCUCUGACGUUUGUGUUUGUCUGUUCCCGGUGUUGACGAGGUAGGCCACGUUGCAAGAACUGUACUGAGUACCACAGCGAGGACUUUCCAAAGUGUGUUUUCCCGUCUCCCCGUGGACUCCGGUGGGCGGUCGGGUCUUUGGCGGUGGGCAGCCGGGUCUUUGGCGCCGGCCUCAUUUUGCAGCCGGCUGAGUGACAACCUGUGACAGAAUAGUAAAUGUGGCGACGUAACAGGCGGUGUGCAUAAUGACGGAGACGUGUGCGACCGCUUUUUUCUCCCCCCCCCCCCCCACCACCCCAUCUUCCCUUCCCACAAAGCGAAUGGUUGUUUAGUGGAGGCCAUCUCAGGUUUCUCAUCCGAGUUGCAAACUAUUUUACUAAAGCAUUUUUUCUAUUGAUGUUUUAUUAUCACUCUAUGUACAUAUCGUUGUUGUGUGUCUUCUUUCUUACAUUGUAUCCAAACACCACCAAUAUAUUUCAUUUAUUAAAGAAUAUUUUUCUUGUC